AUGGUUUCCAAAUUCAGCAUUGGUUCAUUUGUAAUUAGCUUGGCAAUCGUACUGAUGAUGGUUCGUGUACUAAACCGUAAGGAGCUUCAAAGGGGACACACUGCAGAGAUGUUGAGUCUCCUCUCGGUUAAUCGGAAGGACAGAUUUACACCGAGGUUUUACAUUGCCGCAGCUACGGAUAACACGAGUCUCUAG